CUUCUUCGAGUGUAAUUGUGCAUAUUUGUCCUUAGUCGCACUUCGUUGUCCGCCAUGAACGUUCGAUUACUAGAAAUCGAUUAAACAUUAAUUAGUGCCCGCGUAAAGUCGAAGCAAUUGGUUUCGGGAUGAGUAAAUCACCGUCGUCGGAGACGACCAGCGAAACGCUGAGUGUUAGCGACGAGUCCAUAGCCACUUCCGUGGUCAAUUCGAGUAUCCCGAUAAGGCCCAAUGUCGCCAAACCAGCGAAGAAAGCCGCCAAGGACGAUGCGAGGGAACGUCCUCCGUGGCGUCCGGCAAGCAUUGCACAGGGAUUGGUUCCGACCGUACCAAAACCCGAUUUGCGAGCUAGGAUUCUAGAUGUGUCUAAACGGCUGCGUCGGGUCAAUGUAUCCGCCCAAACCGAUCCGGUUCAUACGAAACUCAUGAAGGAAGCAUCCACGGAUGAGCCGACAGACCUCAUUCCGAUGGUGGACGAGGAAAUUCUCACCGAUGGGAAUCUCGUGAUUCGAGAAAUUGGCAAUUUUAUUCUAACACAUUCGGUGGCGCAAAUGACAGAGUGCGUUGCAACUGUUGAUGCGUCAACUCAAACGGCUCUUCCCCGUAGUGGCAUUUCGUUCCGAAAGUUCCUGGAUACAGGUGCUGGAGACGGUCCAAAACCGCAGGUAAUUAUAGAUGAGGCUCCCAGUGAUGAACACAUGGAAAAGUCAUCUAGCUUGACGGAGUUGAUGAAAAUUGACGAAAAAAUCAGGAAAUUCUUCAGAACAUCGGACAUAGAAGAGUUGGAUCACCUCGAUGAUAUCGAAUCCAACCACAGUAGCGACAGUAUCAAAGAACAACCUACCCCGGAUCUACUGGCAGGUUCAUCACAAGACGCAACCCAGCACAAACCGCGAUUGCUGGAACCACCCACCUUCAACUCCUGGCAAAAUCUGGACUUCUCAGACGAAGAAUCGGAACACUACGUACCGCGCGAACUACCACGACGUUCAAUCGGCGAGGGCAACCGUCCUUGGGCCGAGUUCAAAGACAUGGUGAUUGGGUCCCGAUUGGCAAACAUGCGCCUUUCUCCGAUACCUCCGCGUCGGCCACGUCCUAACAAGAAAACCGUCACCUGGAGCGACACGCAGCAUCGGGCCGUAUCCGAUCUACUCCACGAGGCGACCGCUUUGGUAGACAUGUUCGACCACGUCUCAAUGCUUCUCGGGCCGGACAUCAAGCUUCACUCGAUCCCACCGCAAGACGAUAUUAAACUGCCCCCACCCAAGUGGGAACCUCUGCUGAGCAAGUCGUGUGAUUUGUUGGAGGAGAAACUGGCAAAGGUGCGGCAUCUGACAUUCGAAGACUUGGACAACGAUUUACUGCUGCAACCGGUCAAGUCGCAGCCUGUUAUCGAUCUGGAAGUGACAUUGUGAGAGCCGAAGCAUACAACCAUUUAGU